AUGCAACGGAAGCGAUGGAAUGUACGCCAAUACAUCGGAAGAACGGGCUUUGUGCGUCUUGUGGAUUAUGGCUCAGGUGGCUGGGGACAUAUCAAUUUUGAUGACCUACGAGGCAAUAUCAAAUGCGAGAAACCCUGCAAGAACCCUCUUGGAAUGCAGAAUCGCAGGAUUCCUAACUAUGCUAUCACGGCCUCUUCUUCAUGGGACAAAAAUCACGGUCCCUAUCUGGGACGCCUGCAUUUCACCGCCCGUGGAAGGUACCAAGGAGCUUGGAGCUCACGGCAUAACAAUCAUAAUCAGUAUUUUCAAGUGAACUUUCGUCGACCGACAAAGAUUACAGCCGUCGCUACUCAAGGAAGACAAAAUGCAAAUCAAUGGGUAACACAGUACCGACUCUCAUACAGUCAAGAUGGGUUGUCAUGGGUUUUUUAUAAGCUGAGAGAUGGUAUUAAGUAUUUCUCAGCUAACAAAGACAGAAACACUGUGGUGACCAAUACACUCAGUACACCAAUCAGAGCACGAUUCGUCAGGAUUAUCCCCUGGGGAUGGCGCAGCCAUAUCUCCAUGAGGACAGAGUUUUAUGGAUGUUAUGUUGACCAAUGCCGCAUGCCUCUUGGUGCAGAAGACGGCCGCUUGGUCCCAGGUUCUUUCUCGGCCUCUACUUACUAUAAUCAUUAUCUGGCACCAUGGCACGGUCGCUUAAAUCACCGCUGGUCAUGGAGCGCACGUUACCGCAGGCACGGCCAAUGGAUGCAGAUUUCUUUUGGAGGAAGUGCAACAGUGAAGGGAAUCGCGUCACAAGGCAGACAGGACGCUAACCAAUGGGUAACGCAGUACACACUUGGUCGCAGUACAGAUGGCAUGAAAUUUUAUCCAUACCACGAGGGACGAGGAACAAUGAUGUUUAGAGGAAACAUGAAUCGCUUUGGAAUCGUUUUUCACCUCAUCAACAGACCGUUUGUGGCGAGUCACGUUCGUUUUUAUCCUCGUGGAUGGUACAGCUGGAUUUCAAUGAGGGUCGAAGUCUAUGGAUGUUCCACAAUCGGUCUCUGUAAUGGUGUUCUCGGUCUUCAAAAUGGCCGUCUAAAGAACAAGCAAAUCACAGCAUCCUCUUCGUGGCCAGGCCUUUACACUUGGCGCGCGAGACUGCAUCACAGUCAGGCAUGGUGCGCACGGUAUAACAAUCACAAUCAGUGGCUCAAAUUUGACUUCCUUCGGCCCACAAAAGUGACAGGAAUCGCCUUACAGGGGAGGUCUAAUGUGCACCAGUGGGUAACUCGGUUCCUUUUGCACUCAAGUCUGGAUAACGUGCAUUGGAAUGUGUACAGAUACAAGAAUAAUGAUAAAUACUUUCCUGGAAGCCGCGAUAAAGAUUCAGUGGUGACGCAGCCAAUAAACCCAGCAAUCAUUGCAAGAUUUGUGAAAAUACAACCACGUGGCUGGCGGAGUCAUAUUUGUAUGAGAGUCGAAUUUUACGGCUGUCCAGCAGAUCGUUGCUUCGUACCUCUCGGAAUGCAAGAUGGCCGCAUUACAAAAUCCCGCCUUCGCGCAUCUUCCAUGUACAACUGGUACUAUGGACCAUACAAUGCCAGGCUACAGGCGCGAAACUAUGGCUCCACACGAGGAGGUUGGAUCGCCAAGAUAAGAAACACUCAGCAAUGGAUUCAGGUUGAUUUGGAAAAACCCUCUACACUAAAAGGCGUCGCUACCCAGGGUCGCUAUGACGCAUAUCAAUAUGUAAAGUCGUACCUCAUCACUUACAGUGGAAAUGGAAGGCGCUUUUAUCCGUACAAAGAAGGGAGCCGGACAAGGAUGUUUAGUGGCAAUAGUGACAGAUACCACGUGGUCCUGCAUCGCUUUGUAAAACCAUUCAGGGCACGGUAUGUACGACUGCAUCCGAAAUCCUGGUUCGGGUACAUAUCUUUGAGAAUGGAACUGUACGGCUGUAGACACGGUCCUCUGUGUAACCGACCGAUGGGAAUGCAGAGUGGUCGUAUUCACAACAGCAAAAUCACUGCUUCGUCUAAUUGGGACCCAUUCCAUGCCGCGUUUCGCGCCAGAUUGCAUCAUGGUAAAGCUGGACGCUUCAUUGGAGCAUGGAGUGCGAAAACUAACAAUCGUUAUCAAUUUCUGCAGGUGGAUUUUUCAAGAGCUGCUCUCAUCGUCAGAGUCGCAACUCAGGGGCGACAGGACUACAGACAGUGGGUCACACAAUAUUAUUUGAGAUACUCUUUAGACGGAAUUCACUUCGUUGACUACAAGCAACGUCACACUAGAAAGUAUUUCCCAGGAAAUCGCGAUCAGAACACGGUUGUAUCACACGCGCUGGUACCCAAUAUAAGAACGAGGAUUAUCCGUAUUGUGCCCUGGCAUUGGUAUGGGCACAUCUCCAUGCGAGCAGAGUUUUAUGGAUGCCUUACAGAUCAUUGUAAGAUGCCUCUUGGUGUGGAAGACUAUCGUAUCCCUUCUGGCUCACUUCAAGCAUCAUCUUCCUGGAACUACAACCAUGGUCCAGACCGCGCGCGAAUCAACUUUCCUUCGGGACAUAGUCGGUCAGGGGCCUGGGUUGCGAGAGGCAGAAACACAAAUCAGUGGCUACAGGUGGAACUGGAUCGACCGGCCAAAGUUACAGGCGUGGCUACUCAGGGUCGGCAUGAUGGCCACCAAUGGGUUACCAGUUAUAUUGUGUCUUACAGUUUAGAUGGAAAGUCGUUUAAGGCGUAUCUUGAAUUUGGUAGAACCAAGGUAUUCAGCGGAAACUUCGAUCGCUACACGAUCGUGAUACACGAACUUGCUCCUCCGAUCAGAGCCAAAUUUGUCCGAUUUUAUCCGAAGUCGUUCCGAGGCGGCAUCGCCAUGAGGGUAGAGGUUUUUGGCUGCUAUUAUGGGGGAGCUCGUUUCUGUACCAAUCCAGUCGGAAUGCAAAAUGGGAAGAUCAAAAAUGGCCAAAUCACCGCCUCCUCAAUGUUCAAUCAGUUCCACGCACCGUGGCUUGCCAGGCUCCACCGCGCCAAACAUGGCCGCUACAUUGGCUCUUGGUCAUCAAGACACAACAAUCACAAUCAGUGGCUACAAGUUGACCUGGGAAAGACCAUGAAAGUGACUGGUAUCAAUACUCAGGGACGACAGGACCUCCAUCAGUGGGUGACUGCUUAUUAUGUGUUCUACAGCUUGGAUGGAAUGUACUUUGCUAAAGUGAAGCACUGGUGGAAUUAUGUGAAGCAAUUUCCAGGAAACUACGACAGAUAUUCUCUACGUACGCACGCUUUCAGGCCAGCUAUAUAUACCCGCUUCGUUCGUAUCCAGCCACGAGGCUGGAGAUCACAUAUUUCCAUGAGGAUGGAGCUUUACGGAUGUCCGUGGAGUCAUUGUGAUAUGCCACUCGGUCUCGAAGACGGCCGUGUGCCAGACCAAGUCAUGACUGCUUCUUCGUACAACAAUAUUUACGAUGCGCCAUGGAAUGCCCGUCUCAACAGGCGGCGUUACAGCCGUUUUGGCGGAGGAUGGUCACCGCGUAGAAAUGACGGACAUAGGUUUCUGCAGGUUGACUUCCAGGCUUUGGCGAAAGUGACACGUGUCGCUACCCAGGGAAUGCAAAAUGCCAAUUACUGGGUGAAGAAAUAUUACAUUAAAUACUCAAGAAGAAGAACUGGAUUUGCUACAUAUCGCGAAGGUAGAACCACAAAGAUUUUCCGUGGAAACAAUGAUAGAUACAUCACCGUGGAAAAUAGAUUUGCCCGGGUUCUCCAUGGAAAAUACUUCAGAGUUUACCCUGUUUCUUGGUACUCUUGGAUUGGCUUGAGGGUGGAGUUUUAUGGAUGUGUGUACGGAAAGCGAUGUAACCAACCUUUGGGAAUGCAAAAUGGUCGCAUAAAAGCAGCACAAUUAUCCGCCUCCUCCAGUUGGGACGGAAAUCACGUGCCUAACAACGGCAGGCUUCAUCUCCGCCGCGUUGGCCAUCGAGUGGGGGCCUGGUGUGCUCGACAUAACACUCGGUACCAGUGGUUUCAGAUCGAUUUUUACCGCGCUGUGAGACUGGUAAAAAUCGCUACACAAGGAAGACAAGAUGCUGCUCAGUGGGUCACUCAGUAUUAUCUCAGCUACAGUCAAGAUGGCGCACACUUCGCGGAGUUUAAACAUAACAGCAACCGGAAAUACCUCACGGGUAAUAGAGACCAAAACAGCGUGGUACAGCAUCGUUUAUUCCCGCAAAUCAGAGCGCGUUUUCUCCGUGUCCAUCCUUGGGGCUGGUACCGACAUAUCUCUAUGAGAGUGGAGCUGUAUGGGUGUUCUACAGGACGUUGCUCUCUUCCUCUUGGUUUGGAAGACAAACGUAUCACUAAUGGCCUUUUAUCGGCGUCUACAUAUUACAAUCAUCAUCUGUCCCCUUGGCAUGGCCGGUUGAACCACCGCUGGUCAUGGAGCGCAAGGACCAACAACCAUAACCAGUGGUUCCAAGUGAGUUUUGUGGGUGUGGUCAGGGCGACAGGGAUUGGUACCCAGGGAAGACAGGAUGCUAAUCAAUGGGUGACAAAGUAUAUUGUGUCCUACAGUCCGGAUUCAACCCACUUCCGCUUUUACUCUGAAGGGAGGGGAACCAAGGUAAGAGUUUUCACCGGAAACAGCAACAGGCACUCGAUUGUGUACCAUGAUUUUGUUAAACAGUUCAAAGCCGUGUAUGUUCGUAUUUAUCCAAGAAGUUGGUACGGCUGGAUGUCUAUGAGGACCGAGAUAUACGGCUGUUAUGUAUUUUCAUGCAGCAGCCCACUGGUUAGAAAGCUACCGAAUUCCAAGAUCACCGCGUCUUCGGAAUACAACAAAUACCACGCGCCCCGGCUUGUUAGAUUGGGUCAAGUGCGGCAUAGAGGUUACGUGGGAGCCUGGAGCUCAAGACACAACAAUCACAACCAAUGGAUCAAGUUUGACUUCUCUCGACCAAUGAAAAUCACUAAAGUGGACACUCAAGGUCGACAGGACUCUAACCAGUGGGUAACGCGUUAUCUGCUUUCCUCCAGCUUGGAUGGAAUUCACUGGCAGAUUCAUAGGAUUAACAGUCAGGACAAGUACUUCCAAGGAAACCGCGAUCGUAACAGCGUAGUCACGCAAGCUAUAAAUCCACCUGUCUUGGCGCGUUACAUUCGUUUACACCCGAAGGGAUGGAGCGGCCACAUUUCUAUGAGAGUCGAGUUCUAUGGAUGUCGCGCAGAUCCGUGCGAUGUUCCGUUGGGAAUGGAAGACGGUCGGGUCACCAAGGGAAUGCUCACGGCAUCCUCCAUGUAUAACCAUUACUACGGUCCCUGGAGUGCCAGGCUUCAGGCCAGGAACUAUGGCUCCCUCCGGGGAGGCUGGAUCGCAAAGUACCGCAACACUCAUCAGUGGCUGCAGAUUGACCUAGGAAUCUUAUCCAGAGUAAAGAGAAUCGCUACUCAGGGUCGGUACGACGCUAAUCAGUGGGUGAAGUCUUAUACAGUGUCUUACAGCAAUAACGGAGCGAGGUUUUAUCCUGUCAAACAAGGAAGGAAUGUCAAGGUAUUCCAAGGCAACAUCGAAAGAAAUCAUGUUGUCUUCCAUAAAUUCAGGCCUUCAUUGAAAACGCGUUACGUUCGUAUACAUCCCAAGUCAUGGUACAGCUACAUUUCUAUGAGAGUAGAGUUGUAUGGUUGUAGGCUCGGCCCACUAUGCAACCGACCAAUGGGAUUACAGUCUGGCCGCAUUAAAAAUCACAUGAUGUCAGCCUCAUCUUAUUGGGAUGUGAACCACGCUGCUCACUUUGGUCGGCUUCACCACCGCCGCCGCGGUCGUUUCAUCGGGGCUUGGUCCUCAAAAUACAACAAUCGGUACCAGUUCCUGCAGGUCGACUUUGGCGGAGCGUCUAAAAUAAUUCGAAUUGCGACCCAGGGACGACAUGACGCAAACCAGUGGGUGACGCAAUACUAUGUAUCACACAGUUUAACCCGAAUCCACUUCUCAGAGUAUAAAGAACGAAACUCCCGAAAGUAUUUCUCUGGUAAUCACGACCGGAACACAGUAAGGUUACACUCAUUUAUUCCUGCCAUUCGAGGACGGUACAUUCGGGUACAUCCUUGGGGAUGGCACGCUCAUGUCUCGAUGAGAUUAGAGUUCUACGGAUGUCGCAUUGUAUCACUUGAAUUUUUUUAAGAUCGUUUCACCAUGCCUCUUGGUAUGGAAGAUCGUCGUAUUCUGUCGGGUCAUCUUCGGGCCUCGUCGUCUUACAACUACAACCACGGACCUGACCGAUCGCGUCUAAACAUCGUCAACGGUCGUGGACGAACAGGAGCCUGGGUAGCCAGGCAUCGUAACCACAAUCAGUGGCUACAGAUUGACCUCAGGGAAAUGACUAUUGUGAAAGGAAUCGCUACACAAGGAAGGAGAGAAGCUCAUCAAUGGGUGACAAAGUAUCAGAUAUCCUACAGUCGAUUCGGAGCGCGAUUUAUCUCUUACGUAUCUUUCGGGCGCGUUAAGAUGUUCCGAGGUAACUACGACAUUUAUCACACAGUGGCCCAGAAGAUACUUCCCGCUAUCAAAGCACGCUACAUCAGGAUCCAUCCUAAGGGAUGGCGUUCAUACAUCGCCAUGAGGGUCGAACUUUAUGGAGGACGAUUAAGAGAAAACUUCUGCGAUGCGCCAGUGGGUCUUCAAUCCGGUCGUAUAAAAAACAGCCAAAUCACAGCUUCCUCUCAGUGGAAUAAGCAUCACGCACCCUGGCUUGCUCGUCUGCACCGAGCCAAAAGGGGGCCUUACAUUGGAUCCUGGUCUUCCCGACAUAACAACCACAAUCAGUGGCUACAAAUCGACUUUAGAAGGGCAAUGAAGAUCACUGGUAUUGCCACUCAAGGUCGACAGGACGCUGUCCAAUGGGUGACCGCGUACUAUAUCUACUAUGGUUACGAUGGUGUGUACUUUUCCCAAGUGAAAUAUUGGUGGAGUUAUACACCAAGGACUUUCCAAGGCAACCGAGAUCAGCUAUCUGUACAAACACACCCUAUAAACCCAGCUAUUUACGGCAGAUACGUGCGAAUCAUACCACGAGGCUGGAGAUCACAUAUUUCAAUGAGGCUAGAGCUUUAUGGAAGUCCUUGGAAUCGUUGUGAUAUGCCACUUGGUAUCGAAGAUAAGCGCGUCCACGACAAAAUGAUGCGCGCUUCUUCGUACGCCAGCUACUACUGUAGACCAGCAAGUGGACGGCUGAACGGCCGCCGAUAUGGUCGAUACGGAGGGGCCUGGUGCGCAAAGAGACGAGACAGGCGCCAGUGGCUUCAGGUGGAUUUUGGUGCAUAUACCAGAGUGUCUCGUAUUGCUACGCAAGGAAGACAGAACUCCGCUCAAUGGGUGAAAUCGUACUCUCUUUCAUACAGCAAGAAUGGAUACGCAUAUGUACCUUAUAGAGUGGGAGGUCGAACAAAGAUAUUCCUUGGAAACUAUGAUCAACACGUGAUUGUACGCCACAGAUUACGUCACCAUAUCACAGCGCGCUAUUUUAGAUUUCAUCCCAUCACGUGGUACAACUGGAUCUCAAUGAGAGUUGAACUGUACGGCUGUGUCGUUGGAGCACGAUGCAACAGGCCUUUAGGAAUGCAAAAUGGCCGCAUACGUGCAAACCAACUUACUGCUUCUUCCAGCUGGGACAAGAACCACGCACCCAGCUACGGCAGGCUUCAUUUCCGCCGCGCUGGUCAUCGAGUGGGGGCCUGGUGCUCGCGGCAUAACAACCGUCUCCAGUGGUUUCAGGUUUACUUUGGUCGCCCCACCCGGGUGGUGAAGUUUGCUACACAAGGACGACAGGAUGCCCGUCAAUGGGUGACUCAGUAUUAUUUGACAUUUAGUCAGGAUGGAGUGCAUUCUGCUGAAUACAAAGAAAACAGUAAUCGAAAGUACUUCCAAGGAAACAGAGAUCAAAACAGUGUUGUCCAACAUCGCCUCUUUCCUAAUAUUAAAGCGCAAUAUAUUGAGAUCCAUCCAUGGGGUUGGUAUGGACAUAUCUCCAUGAGGGUCGAAUUCUAUGGCUGUGCUGAAGAUCGCUUUGUUAUGCCACUUGGUUUGGAAGAUAAGCGUAUUACAGAUGGUUCUCUCACCGCAUCCACUUACUACAAUCAUCACCUCUCUCCAUGGCAUGGCCGACUGAACAGCCGCUGGUCAUGGAGCGUGCGCCACAACCGCAGAGGGGAAUGGUUCCAAGUGAACUUUGUUGAGCUGAUGCGCAUAAAAGGCGUGGCUACCCAGGGAAGGCAGGACGCUUCCCAGUGGGUGAGAAGCUAUACAAUUAUGUACAGCGUGGACGGAAUGAAUUUCGUGUCUUACAAGGAAGGACGUACCACCAAGGUCUUCAGUGGAAACACAGACCGCCAUUCCAUCGUGUAUCACCAGUUCCUCAGGCCCUUCACGGCCAUAAACGUUCGUUUUUAUCCGAAAACCUGGUACGGUUGGAUAUCUAUGAGAGCUGAAGUUUAUGGCGCUUCAGCCUCUCCGUGUAACAAACCUCUGGGAUUACAAAACCACCGUCUUCCCAACAGCCGUAUUACAGCAUCAUCGGAAUGGAAUCAAUUCCACGCAGCCAGACUUGGGAGACUGGGUCAAGUCAAACGUGGCAAAUAUGUAGGGGCCUGGUGCACACGGUACAACAAUCAUCUACAAUGGUUCAAGGUGGACUUUGGUCGACCAAUGAAAAUCACUAAAGUAGCCACUCAAGGCCGACAGGAUACCAAUCAAUGGGUGACUUCUUUCUAUCUGUCGUCAAGUCAGGAUAACGUGCACUGGGAGGCAUUCAAGUUUAGAAGUGUAUUCAAGCUUUUCCAAGCCAAUCGUGAUCAAAACAGCAUCGCUAAAAAUGCCAUCAACCCACCAAUCUUAGCCAGAUAUGUCAAGCUUAAUCCACGUGGCUGGUACAGACACAUUUCAAUGAGAAUCGAGUACUAUGGUUGUGUCGCUGAUCGUUGCGAUGUUCCCCUUGGAGUCCGAGACGGUCGCGUCACACGCGCAAUGUUCACCGCCUCAUCCAUGUACAACCACUACUAUGGUCCUUGGAGUGCAAGACUGCAGGCUCAGAAUCAUGGUAUAACCAGAGGAGGUUGGGUCGCUAAGUACCGCAACACUCAUCAAUGGCUACAGAUUGACUUAGGAACCACUUCCAGAGUGAAGAGGAUAGCUACCCAAGGCCGGUAUGAUGCCAACCAGUGGGUGAAGUCUUACACUGUAUCGUACAGCAACAACGGUGUGAGGUUCUAUCCUUACAGACACGGAAGGAGAGUAAAGAUAUUCCAAGGCAACACCGAGAGAUAUUAUGUAGUGUACCACAGGUUUCGCCCGUCCAUCAAGGCCCGCUAUAUACGUAUUCACCCACGGACUUGGUACAGCUGGAUCUCUAUGAGGGUUGAACUUUACGGCUGUCGACUGGGUGUCCUCUGCAACCGACCAAUGGGAAUGCAGACAGGGCGCAUCAAGAACUACCAAAUCACGGCGGCAUCCAUGUGGGAUACAUUCCAUGGUCCUUAUCUGGCAAGACUCCAUCGGCCGCGUCGGGGACGAUACAUAGGGGCCUGGUCAGCAAAAUACAAUAACCAUUACCAGUGGCUGCAAGUGGACUUUAAAAGAGCAGCGAAGAUCAUUAAGAUAUCUACACAGGGACGGCAGGAUACUUACCAGUGGGUUACACAGUAUUAUGUCACCAGGAGUCUCGACAGAGUUCACUUUAUGCCAUAUAUGGAAAGGAAUAGCAUUAAGUACUUCACGGGAAACCGUGACCAAAAUACUGUUGUCACCAACUCCUUUGUUCCUAUACUGCGUUGUCGUUACAUCCGGGUUCGUCCCAGAGGAUGGUACAAACACAUAUCCAUGAGAGUAGAGUUUUACGGUUGUUUCACAGAUCGGUGUGUUAUGCCUUUGGGUAUGGAAGAUCGUCGUAUCCUAUCGGGUCGUCUUCGUGCCUCGUCGUCGUACAACUACAACCACGGACCCGACCGGGCGCGUCUGAACAUCAUUAAUGGUCAUGGACGAACAGGGGCCUGGGUAGCCAGGCUUCGAAGUGCCAACCAGUGGCUACAGAUUGACUUGGGCCAGAGUAGUAUCAUAAAAGGAAUCGCUACACAAGGAAGGAGAGAAGCUAAUCAAUAUGUGAGAAGUUACACACUCUCGUACAGUCGCUUUGGAAUGAGAUUCAGGGCUUAUGUAUCCUACGGAAGAGUUAAGGUAUUCCGAGGUAACUACGACAUUUAUCAUACGGUGGGGCACAAGAUCAUGCCAGCAAUAAAAGCACAGUUUGUCCGAAUUAACCCGAAGUCGUGGUACAGCUAUAUAGCCAUGCGUGUGGAACUUUAUGGAUGUCGCCUGCGCGAACGAUUUUGCGACAGUCCUCUUGGCCUUCAAAACAAUCGAAUCAAAAAUGCCGCCAUUACAGCCUCGUCUCGGUGGGAUGCGAACCAUUCUCCUUGGUUGGCGCGACUUCAUCGUCCGCGUCGAGGUCGGUUUAUUGGGGCCUGGUCCUCUAGACACAAUAAUCAUAACCAAUGGCUGCAGGUAGACCUGGGAAGGUCAAUGAAGGUGACGGGAAUUGCUACUCAGGGUCGAUACGACGCUGACCAGUGGGUUACGGCGUACUAUCUGUAUUACAGUGCGGAUGGAGUCAACUUUGCCAAAGUAAAGCAUUGGUGGAAUUAUGUUAAGACUUUCCAAGGCAAUCGAGACCGACUGUCUGUCCAAACACAUCCAAUUGAUCCACCACUGUACGGCCGAUAUGUUCGAGUGAUACCACGAGGAUGGAGGUCCCACAUUUCCAUGAGACUGGAAUUAUAUGGAGCACCAUGGAAUCGUUGUGACAUGCCACUCGGUGUAGAGGACGGCCGUGUUCCAGAUCCACUCAUGCGCGCCUCAUCGUUCUACAACUACUACUGCAGCCCGUUCAAUGGUAGACUUAACAGACGACGUUAUGGCCGAUACGGAGGGGCCUGGUGCGCAAAAAGACGAGACAGACGUCAGUGGCUGCUGAUAGAUUUUGGCGCAGCUACCAAAGUAUCACGUGUUGCCACUCAGGGAAGACAGAACUCCGCUCAGUGGGUGACGAGUUAUUACAUAUCGUACAGUAAAAAUGGGUAUAAGUACACACCUUAUAGAGAGGGCAGGCGUACUAAGAUAUUCCAGGGUAAUUACGAUCGGUACAUUAUCGUUCGUCACAAACUGGCGAGACCCAUAACAGCACGCUUUUUCAGGAUUCAUCCAGUCACGUGGUACGGCUGGAUCUCAAUGAGAGUGGAAUUUUAUGGUUGCGUUGUCGGACCAAAAUGCGACAAGCCUUUAGGACUGAGAAAUGGCCGCAUUCGUGCAAACCAACUUACUGCUUCUUCCAGCUGGGACAAGAACCACGCACCCAACAACGGCAGGCUUCAUUUCCGCCGCGUUGGUCAUCGAAUGGGGGCCUGGUGCGCGCGACAUAACAACCGUCUCCAGUGGUUUCAGGUUCUCUUUGGUCGCCCCACUCGGGUGGUGAAGAUUGCCACACAAGGACGACAGGAUGCCCGUCAGUGGGUGACUCAGUACUAUUUGUCAUACAGUCAGGAUGGAAUACACUAUGCAGAAUUUAAGAAGAACAGCAAUCGAAAGUAUUUUACGGGGAACAGGGAUCAGAACAGUAUUGUCCAUCACGGCCUCUACCCUAAUAUCAAAGCUUACAUAAUCAGAGUUCACCCAUGGGGAUGGUACAGACAUAUCUCUAUGAGAGUGGAAUUCUAUGGAUGCACAGAAGAUCGUUGUGCUAUGCCACUUGGUUUAGAAGACAAACGCGUGCCAAAUGGUCAUCUCACAGCUUCUACUUACUACAAUCAUCAUUUGUCUCCUUGGCACGGUAGACUAAACAGCCGCUGGUCAUGGAGUGUGCGAACGAGACGGGUAGGGGAAUGGUUUCAAGUGAAUUUUGUAGAGCUGAUGCGCAUAAAAGGCGUGGCCACCCAGGGAAGACAGGAUGCCGCUCAGUGGGUGAGAGCAUAUUCAGUCCGUUACAGCCCAGAUGGAAUGAAUUUUAUACCCUACAAGGAAAACCGUGGUGUCAAGAUCUUCACUGCCAACACGGAUCGGCACUCAAUUGUCUAUCAUCAAUUCAUGAGACCCUUCUCAGCCAUUUAUGUCCGCAUCUAUCCUAAGAGUUGGUACAGUUGGAUUUCCAUGAGAGCCGAGUUUUAUGGUUGUUCAGCAUCUUUGUGCAACCGUGCCUUGGGAAUGCGAAAUGGUCGUAUUCGAAACAACCAAAUCACUUCAUCGUCAGAGGUUAACCGUUUCCAUACUGCCUGGCUUGGUAGACUGGGGCGAGUGAAGACUGGCCGUUAUAUAGGGGCCUGGUGCCCAAAACACAGGAAUCAUCUUCAGUGGUUGAAAGUGGACUUUGGUCGACUGAUGAAAAUAACCAAAAUUGCCACACAAGGAAGACAAGAUGCUGGUCACUGGGUGACGUCAUACUAUGUGUCAUCUAGCAUAGACAACGUUCAUUGGGCAAUGUAUCGCUUCAGAAGCUCUAACAAGCUGUUCCAAGCCAAUCGUGACCAAAACACUAUCGUGAUGAAUGCAAUCAAUCCUUCCAUAAGAUGUCGAUUUUUACGUCUAAAUCCUCGUGGAUGGCACGGUUGGCCAUGUUUGAGGGCAGAAUUUUAUGGAUGUCCAGUUGAUCGCUGUGAUGUUCCUCUUGGUAUCCAGGACGGUCGCAUCACACGCGCUAUGUUCACAGCCUCCUCCAUGUACAACCACUACUACGGUCCUUGGAGCUCAAGACUGCAGGCUCAGAAUCAUGGCUCCUUCCGAGGAGGCUGGGUCGCUAAGUACCGUAACACUCACCAGUGGCUGCAGAUUGACUUAGGAACAGUGUCCAUUGUGAAACGCAUCGCGACUCAGGCUCGAUAUGAUGCAAACCAGUGGGUUACAUCAUACACUGUAUCCUAUAGUAACAAUGGAGUCAGAUUUUUCCCAUACAAGCAGGCAAGAAGAACAAGGCUCUUCCAAGGAAACACUGAACGAUACUUUGUUGUGGUGCACAAGCUCCGCCCGGCCAUAAGGGCCCGUUAUAUCCGAAUUCAGCCAAGGUCCUGGUAUGGAUACAUUGCCAUGAGGGUGGAGUUGUACGGAUGUCGACUGGGUCACUUGUGCAAUCGGCCAAUGGGAUUACAGAACAACAGAUUGAAAAAUCAUCUCAUGACGUCAUCAUCUCGAUGGGACAACUUCCAUGGUCCUUAUCGAGCGCGGCUUAAUAUCCGUCGCCAUGGCAGAUGGAUCGGAGCCUGGUCUGCACAGUACAAUAACCGUUAUCAGUGGAUUCAAUGUGACUUCACUGGACCUGCAAAAAUUAUAAGGAUUUCCACCCAAGGGCGACAGGACACUAAUCAGUGGGUUACGCAGUAUUACGUGACACGUAGCUUGGAUGCGGUGAAUUUUAGGCCCUAUCAAGAGAGAAAUUCAAUAAAGUAUUUUACAGGUAACCGUGAUCAGAAUACUAUUGUUAGUCACGCUUUCAUCCCUGCGCUUAGAUGUCGCUAUGUUCGAGUUCACCCUUGGGGAUGGUACAGGCAUAUCUCCAUGAGACUUGAGUUCUAUGGAUGUCUAACAGACAAAUGUACCAUGCCUCUUGGUAUGGAGGACCAUCGCAUCUUGUCGGGUCAUCUUCGGGCCUCGUCGUCGUACAACUAUAACCACGGACCUGACCGAGCACGACUAAAUAUCUAUAACGGACAUGGACGAACAGGAGCUUGGGUAGCAAAGUACCGGAAUGCUAAUCAGUGGCUGCAGAUCGACUUAAGAAUAAUGAGUAUCAUUAAAGGAAUCGCUACACAAGGAAGAAGAGAAGCCCAUCAAUGGGUUAAGAGUUAUACACUCUCCUACAGUGCAAAAGGUCUACGCUUUAGACCAUAUGUCGCGUAUGGCAAGGUUAAGUUAUUCCGCGGCAACUAUGAUAUCUACCACACACUUUCAUACAAGAUAAUCCCAGCGAUCAAGGCCAGGUUUGUUCGUAUUCAUCCUAGAAGUUGGCGCAGUUACAUCGCGAUGCGUGUAGAGUUGUAUGGAUGCAGAUACAAGGAACGUUUCUGUGACCGAAUCCAAGGACUUCAAAGAGGUACAAUAAAGAAUGCAGCUUUCACUGCCUCGUCCCAAUGGGACAAAUACCAUGCCCCAUUCCGUGCCCGGUUGCACAUCCCCAAACAAGGACGGUACAUUGGGGCGUGGUCCUCCCGCCAUAACAACCACAAUCAAUGGCUGAAGAUUGACUUGGGCAGACCAACCAAGGUGACUGGUAUGGCAACACAGGGACGCCAAGAUGCAGACCAGUGGGUGACAGCAUACUAUGUUUACUACAGUUUGGAUGGAGUACGCUUUUCUCGAGUCACCUACUGGUGGGAUGUUAUAAAGACUUUUCGAGGAAAUUAUGAUCGAAAUGGUGUCCAAACGCGCUCGUUCAACCCUCCUCUCUAUGCAAGAUUUAUUAAAAUCAAUCCUCGUGGCUGGCGAUCACACAUCUCGAUGAGGGUGGAAGUGUAUGGUGGGGCAUGGAGUAAGUGCGAUGUUCCCCUUGGAAUGGAAGACCACCGUGUCCCUGAUCAACUCAUCACUGCCUCCUCCUACUACAACUACUGGGGUUCACCGAGAAUGGCCAGGCUGCAUCAGAGACGCGUUGGCAAGUUUGGAGGCUCCUGGUAUGCCAAGCGGAACGACAAACGCCAAUGGCUGAAGAUAGACAUGGGUGGACUGACACGGGUGUCACGUUGUGCUACUCAAGGCCGUCAGAAUGCUGACCAAUGGGUAACAAGUUAUUACGUGUCCUACAGUGUGAAGGGAUACCGGUUUGUGACAUAUAAAGAGUACGGACGUACAAAGAUAUUCCCUGGCAACUUUGACCGAUAUGUGGUCGUAACACACCGAUUCCUUCGACCAAUAGUGGGACGUUACUUCAAGAUACACCCGGUCACGUGGCGAAGCUGGAUCUCCAUGAGAGUAGAAUUAUAUGGCUGCGUCAUUGGCCCGAGAUGUGACAAACCUCUAGGAAUGAAGAAUGGCCGCAUUCACGCUAAUCAACUCACAGCAGCAUCAAUAUGGGACCGAAAUCAUGGAGCAAAUAAUGCCAGGCUUCAUUGGCGAAGAACCGGUGCAAGAACAGGCGCUUGGUCAGCUCGUCACAAUAAUCAUUACCAGUGGCUACAAGUGGAUUUCAAACGCUACAUGCGGAUUGUAAAAAUCGCCACCCAAGGACGACAAGAUGCACGUCAGUGGGUGACGAAGUACUACGUCAGAUACAGUCAAGACUGCGCGCAUUUUGCCGACUAUGAGGAGAACAGCAAUAGAAAGUAUUUCACGGGAAAUAGAGACCAAAAUACUGUGGUAAUACACAGAUUUUAUCCACCAAUCAAAGCGCGGUUCGUUCAGGUUCGUCCGUGGGGAUGGUAUGGACAUAUCUCUAUGAGAGUGGAGUUCUAUGGAUGUGUUGAAGACCGCUGUAACAUACCUCUGGGUCUAGAAGACAAACGUCUCAGUCCAGGGUCUUUGUCAGCGUCUACUUACUAUAAUCAUCACCUGUCACCAUGGCAUGGCCGACUGAACCACAGAUGGUCAUGGAGUUCUCGGCGCAGAGAUGUUCACCAAUGGUUCAAGGUUAACUUUGGUUAUGUAACAAGAUUUAAAGGAAUAGCGACCCAAGGAAGGCAGGAUGCAAAUCAGUGGGUAAAGACCUACAUUGUCAGAUACAGUGGUGAUGGUGUUAGUUAUGUGCCUUACACGGAAAACAGGCGCAUUAAGGUCUUCUCUGGUAAUAGUGACAGACAUUCCAUUGUGUUUCAUCGUUUCCUGAAAUCUUUCACUGCUGCUUUCGUGAAGAUCCAUCCAAAAUCCUGGUACAGCUGGAUUUCAAUGAGAGUUGAACUCUUUGGUUGCACAAGUGCACUCUGUAGCACUCCUCUAGGUUUACAGAAUGGUCGUAUCCGUAACAGUAGAAUCACUGCAUCGUCCGAGUACAAUGUGUACCAUGCAGCCAGACUUGGGAGACUGCAUCUGCAUAAGAGAGGUAGAUAUGUGGGGGCCUGGUGCGCAAAGCACAAAAACAGAAAUCAGUGGUUUAAGGUGAACUUUGGACGGCUGAUGAAGAUCACAAAAAUAGCUACUCAGGGUAGACAGGAUGCAGCCCAGUGGGUGACGUACUAUAGAGUGUCAUCCAGCGUCGAUGGAAUACACUGGCAAAUGUAUCGCUUCAAAAACAACGAUAUGACUUUCCGUGGUAAUAAUGAUCAAAACAGCGUCAAAAUACAAGCUUUGACUCCCGCCAUAUAUGCACGAAUCAUUAAGAUUCACCCGUGGGGAUGGCGAAGUCACAUCUCGAUGAGGGUGGAAAUCUAUGGAUGUAGAGCUGAUCCCUGCGAUGUUCCUCUCGGUCUUCAAGAUGGCCGUGUUACUCCAUCUAUGCUCACGGCAUCCUCCAUGUAUAACCACUACUACGGUCCCUGGAGUGCCAGGCUCCAGGCCAGGAAUUACGGUUCCACCCGAGGAGGCUGGAUUGCGAAGUACAAUAACAAUAAGCAAUGGUUACAGAUUGACCUGGGUACGAAGUGUCGAGUGAAGAGGGUUGCUACUCAGGGCCGAUAUGAUGCUAACCAGUUUGUGAAGUCCUAUACGGUGUCUUACAGCCUGAAGGGUGACAAGUUCGUGCCUUAUACAGAGGGGCGAAAGAUAAGGAUCUUCCAGGCCAAUAUUGAGAGAUAUUUUGUCGCAACCCAUCGCUUCUUUAGGCCAUUUGUGGCUCGAUUCGUGCGAAUCAAUGUCAGGAGUUGGUAUGGAUACAUCUCUAUGAGAGUUGAACUUUACGGCUGUAGAUUAGGCCGAAUGUGUAACCAACCAAUGGGCUUACAAAACGGACGCCUCAGAAACCACCUAAUGACAGCGUCUUCUCAGUGGGAUAAAUACCACGCUGCUUUCCUGGCGAGACUUCAUCGCCGGCGGGCUGGGAAGUACAUGGGUGCAUGGAGUGCCAGGAGUAACAACAGAUACCAGUAUCUACAGAUUGAUUUCACAAGGCCGUCCAAGAUCAUCAAGAUAGCUACUCAAGGAAGGCACGAUGCUGAUCAAUGGGUCACGCAGUAUUAUAUUACGUACAGUGUGAAUCUGGUCAAUUUUGUGGAAUACAAGGAGAGAAACAAUAGGAAGUACUUCACCGGAAAUCGAGACCGUAACAGUGUGGUCCACAACCCAUUUAAUCCUGCGAUUCGAUGUCGUUACAUCCGGGUUCAUCCUUGGGGAUGGUACAGACACAUCUCCAUGAGAGCUGAGUUCUAUGGAUGUUUCACAGACCGUUGCACCAUGCCUCUCGGUAUGGAGGAUCGCCGUAUCUUGUCAGGACAUCUUCGUGCUUCAUCAUCAUACAACUACAACCACGGCCCCGAUCGAUCACGUCUCAACAUCUACGCCAGUCACGGCCGCACAGGGGCCUGGGUAGCCAAGUAUAGAAACACUAAGCAAUGGCUGCAGAUUGACUUGAGGCAGAUGUGUAUCAUCAAAGGAAUCGCCACACAGGGAAGGAGAGAAGCUCAUCAGUGGGUGUCCAGUUAUGUUGUCUCAUACAGCAAAGAUGGCCGAAGGUUUAGAGCUUAUGCAGUUGGUGGAAGAGUAAAGAGAUUCCGUGGAAACUAUGAUAUUUACCAUACUGUUGCCCAGAGAGUAUCACCUUUCAUUAGAGCCCGGUAUAUAAGGAUUCAUCCCAAGACCUGGAGGUCAUAUAUUGCCAUGAGAGUGGAGUUGUAUGGGUGCCGAUAUAAAGAAUAUGUAUGCGACAGACCUCUUGGUAUACAAAGUGGCCGAAUCAAAAAUGCGGCCAUCACAGCCUCAUCUCAGUGGGACAAAAACCAUGCUUCUUGGCUUGCCAGACUUGGGAACAUGCGCCGUGGCAGACUGAUGGGUGCUUGGUCUGCUAAGAAGAACAACUACAAUCAGUGGAUUCAGGUUGAUCUGCACAGGUCCAUGAAGGUCACUGGUUUGGCUACACAAGGCAGAUAUGAAGCCGCACAAUGGGUGACAGCGUUUUAUGUUCUCUAUAGCGCAGACGGAGUGAAGUUUGCUAAGGUUAAGAAUUGGUGGGAUGUGGUGAAGACUUUCCCUGCCAAUGUGGACAGAUAUUCCAUACGCAACAAUCCUCUGCCGUAUCCCAUCUAUGGACGUUUUGUUCGACUGCAAAUGCGCGGCUGGCGAUCACACAUUUCAAUGAGGCUUGAGUUGUACGGUUGUCCAUGGAACCGUUGUGAUGUACCACUCGGCGUUGAAGAUGGUCGCUUCCCCGACCAGCUCAUCACUGCUUCCUCAUUUUACAACUACUACUGUGCACCAAGAAACGCCAGGCUCCACCAGAGACGAGUGGGAAGAUUUGGAGGAGCUUGGUGCGCAAAAAGAAGCGAUAGACGACAGUUCCUUCAGUUCGACUUUGGAGGACUUACUCGAGUAACCCGUGUUUCUACCCAAGGUCGUCAAAAUUCUGAUCAAUGGGUCACAAGUUACUAUAUAACUUUUAGCCGAGAUGGUCAACAUUAUAUACCUUAUAGAGAAGUACGCCGUACUAAGAUAUUCGCUGGCAAUUAUGACCGAUACAUGGUUGUCACCAAUCGAUUCCUGAGGCCACUGUCUGGAAGGUACUUUAGGAUUCAUCCAGUUACUUGGCGAAGCUGGAUUUCAAUGAGAGUGGAAUUUUAUGGCUGUAUUAUUGGUCCAAGAUGCGACAAACCACUCGGUAUGCAAAAUGGCCGCAUUCGGCAAACCCAACUAUCAGCCUCUUCGAGCUGGGAUGUUAAUCAUGGUCCUCGCAAUGCCCGACUAAACUUCCGCCGAACAGGUUCCCGUAUGGGAGCCUGGUGUGCCAGGCACAACACCCGCUACCAGUGGCUUGCGGUAGACUUUUAUCGAGCCAUGCGCGUGGUGAAGAUAUCUACGCAAGGUAGACAGGAUGCCGCACAGUGGGUCACGCAAUACUUUGUAGAGUACAGCCAAGAUGGUUCCACGUUCACUGACUACAAGGAAAAUAGCAACCGAAAGUACUUUACAGGAAACAGGGAUCAGAACAGUGUUGUGCAAUAUCGUCUGUUUCCACCAAUCAAAGCUCGGUUUGUGCGCAUUCGUCCGUGGGGCUGGUACAGACAUAUUUCUAUGAGAGUGGAGUUCUUUGGAUGCCCAGAAGACCCGUGUGGUGUUCCUCUUGGUUUGGAAGACAAGAGAAUCCCAAAUGGCCAGUUUUCUGCUUCAUCAUAUUACAACCAUCACCUUGCACCGUGGCAUGGAAGACUUAAUCACCGCUGGUCAUGGAGUGUUCGAUAUCGUAACAACAAACAAUGGCUUCAGGUUAAUAUGGUGGAAAUCUACCGUGUGAGAGGCAUUGGAUCCCAAGGCCGACAGGAUGCAAACCAAUGGGUGAAGACUUACACUGUGUCGUAUGGAAUGAAUGGAGUGGAUUUCACUCAGUAUAAGGAGAAUAGAAGAGUCAAGUUAUUCACAGCCAACACAGACCGCCACUCAUUGGUGUAUCAUCGAUUCAGAAAGAGACUCCCAGCAGUGUAUGUCAGGGUUUACCCUAAGACCUGGUACAGUUGGAUAUCAAUGAGAAUCGAAUUGUAUGGAUGCUCAGCUGCUGUUUGUAACAAAGCCUUGGGUAUGAAGAGUGGUGCUAUCAGGAAUAAGCAAAUCACAGCUUCUUCAGAGUGGGACAAAUACCACAAUGCCAGACUGUCUAGGCUGGGGACAGUCAAACGGGGUCGGUACAGGGGGGCCUGGAGCGCACGCCACAACAAUCACCAUCAGUGGCUUAAAGUGGACUUUAGACGACCGAUGAAAAUCAAGAAAAUAGUCACAAAAGGUCGACAGGAUACCAACCAAUGGGUAACAAGAUACCAAGUGACGUACAGUCAAGAUGGAACACACUGGACCAUGUACAGAUACAAGAGUAACGAUGUGUACUUCCAAGGAAACCGAGACCAACACAGUCUCGUAUGUAAUGUACUUAACCCACCAGUGAUCGCUCGUUUUAUGCGCAUUAUUCCACGAGGAUGGUAUCGGCACAUCAGUAUGAGGAUAGAGUUCUAUGGAUGCAAAGCAGACAAGUGCGAAGCGCCGCUCGGAAUCCAAGAUGGCCGCAUAACGCAAUCUAUGAUGUCUGCGUCCACGUUCUACAACCGAUAUUAUGGUCCAUGGUCUGCCAGACUGCAGGCUCGGAAUCACGGUGCAACCCGUGGCGGCUGGAUAGCUAGGAUUAACAACAAUCGACAAUGGCUGCAGAUCGACCUCGGAGCCAAAUCUGUCGUUAAGAAGAUUGCCACUCAAGGCAGAUACGAUGCUAAUCAAUGGGUUACUAGUUACACGCUGUCGAUUAGUAACAAUGCUGUCAGGUUUUAUCCUUACAAGGAAAAUAGGCGCACUAGGAUCUUCCCGGCCAAUCAAGAGAGAUACUUCGUCGUCACACAUCGUCUGUUCAGACCGUUUGCUGCUCGUUUUGUUCGUAUCAAUGUCAGAACUUGGUAUGGACACAUCUCCAUGCGGGUUGAACUUUACGGAUGUGUGCUUGGACGUCGUUGUAACCGACCGAUGGGUCUCCAGACAGGCGCAAUCAAAAACAGCAUGGUAACUGCCUCGUCUCAGUGGGAUAAUUACCAUGCUGCCUUCAUGGGAAGACUUCACUGGGGUCGCCGCGGACGAUACAUGGGGGCCUGGUCAGCGAAACACAAUAAUCGUCAUCAGUACCUGCAGGUGGACUUUGGAAGGGCGGCAAAAAUAAUCAGAAUUGCUACCCAAGGACGACAAGACGCUGAUCAGUGGGUUACACAGUAUUAUGUGAUGCACAGCUUGGACUUACUUCGCUUCAGCGAAUACAAAGAGCGCAACAGCAGAAGAUACUUCACUGGAAAUCGAGACCGAAACUCUGUUGUUAUGAACCCGUUUAAUCCAGCACUCAAAUGCCGUGCCGUCCGAGUGGUGCCCUGGGGAUGGCGCUCUCACAUUUCUAUGAGAGUUGAGUUGUAUGGAUGCUUCACAGAUCGUUGCACUAUGCCUCUCGGUAUGGAAGAUCAUCGUAUCUUGUCGGGUCAUCUUCGGGCGUCGUCGUCGUACAAUUACAACCACGGACCUGACCGAGCACGGCUUAACAUCGUCAACGGUCAUGGACGAACAGGGGCCUGGGUGGCCAGGCAUCAGAACACCAAGCAGUUUCUGCAGAUCGACUUGAGACAACUGAGCCUCAUCAAAGGAAUCGCUACACAAGGAAGAAGAGAGGCUCAUCAAUGGGUGAAGAGUUACACACUCUCUUACAGCCGAACGGGCCUGAGAUUUAAUAUGUACGCUGCCUAUGGCCGGAUUAAGCUAUUCCGUGGCAACUAUGAUAUUUAUCACACUGUGACACACCGUAUCAUCCCGCCUAUCAAAGCGCGCUUUGUCCGUCUGCAUCCAAGAAGCUGGCGAAGUUAUAUUGCGAUAAGGGUAGAGUUGUAUGGCUGCCGCGCCAGAGUUUACAUCGCUCGUAAUACCUACGUGUAUGACCGCUUACUUGACGCAAUUCCUUCUCCUCUCUUGAAGAAUACGGUCAUAUUUACUCUUAGUUACGUUUUCACAGAGAAUUUCUGCAAUUACCCUGUGGGCAUUCAAAAUGGUCGCAUCAGGAAUUCUGCCAUGACAGCCUCGUCUUCGUGGGAUGCAAACCACGGGCCAUAUUUGGCACGACUUCACCGCCCGCGUCGCGGACGGCUUAUGGGAGCCUGGUCUUCCCGCCACAAAAACCAUAACCAGUGGCUGCAGAUUGACUUAGGAAAGGCCAUGAAAAUAUCGGGUAUCAACACCCAGGGACGGCAAGACGCUGAUCAAUGGGUAACAGCCUAUUGGGUCCUGUAUGGAUAUGAUGGGACGCGCUUCUCAUAUGUUAGAGAGUGGUGGGACAAUGUUAAGACUUUCCCAGGUAACUACGAUAGAAAUGGAGUUCAGACACGAUCCUUCAAUCCACCAAUUUAUGGCAGAUUUGUACGUAUUCAGCCAAGAGGUUGGAGAUCUCACAUUUCCAUGAGACUAGAGUUGUACGGCUGCCCAUGGAGUAAAUGUGACAUUCCACUCGGUUUAGAAGAUAGACGUAUCCCAGACCCAAUGUUCCGAGCCUCCUCUUCGUACAACUUUUACUGUGCGGCAAGAAAUGCCAGAUUACAUCAGCGCCGCGCUGGAAGAAACGGAGGAGCCUGGUGUUCACGUCAAAGAAACAAUAAACAAUGGCUACAAGUGGACUUUGGAACUGAUACUGUAGUCACGCGGGUUUGCACUCAAGGGCGUCAAAAUGCUGACCAAUGGGUGACAAGCUAUUAUGUUUCAUUCAGUAGCAGAGGUCAGCGGUUUAUAACCUACAAGGAGGGUCGCAGAACAAAGAUCUUCUCUGGAAACUAUGACCGGUUUAUCGUCGUCUGUAACCGUUUCUUGAGAUCCAUAAAGGCCCGUUACUUUAGGCUUCACCCAGUCACUUGGCGAAGUUGGAUAUCUAUGAGGGUGGAAUUCUUCGGUUGUAUUGUUGGUCCACAAUGCAACAAGCCACUGGGGAUGCAAAACGGCCGACUGCGAACUUCCCAGAUUACUGCAUCAUCCAGCUGGGACAAAAACCAUAGUCCCAACAAUGGCAGACUCCACUUCAAACGAGCUGGUUCCCGGAUGGGAGCGUGGUGCGCACGUCACAACAAUCGUUACCAGUGGCUCUCGGUUGAUUUUGGUCGCACAAUGCGAGUCACUAAAAUAGCAACUCAAGGACGACAAGAUGCCGCUCAGUGGGUGACUCAGUAUUAUUUGUCCUACAGCCAGGAUUAUGUUUUCUUUGCGGAAUACAAACUAAAUAGUGCUAGACGGUAUUUCACUGGAAACAGAGAUCAGAAUUCCAUCGUUCAAUAUCGCCUGUUCCCCCGCAUAAUAGCUCGUUACAUCAGAGUUCAUCCAUGGGGAUGGUACAGACAUAUCUCCAUGAGAGUGGAAUUCUAUGGAUGUGUGCAAGCACGAUGUUCUGUCCCAGUUGGAGUGGAAGACAAACGCAUAAGUGAUGGCGCGUUGACAGCCUCUACCUACUACAACCGAUACUUAGCUCCUUGGCAUGGUCGCAUCAACCACCGCUGGUCAUGGAGUGCGCGGCGCAGCGCGCGUGGCCAGUGGCUCCAGGUUUACUUUGGGGUAUUAGCAAGGCUGACUGGAAUUUCCUCCCAAGGACGGCAAGAUGCUAAUCAGUGGGUCAAGAGCUUUGUCCUGAUGUUUAGUAGGGACGGAAUUAAGUUUAUCAAGUACCCAAAGGUUUUCUCAGCUAACAGUGACCGUCAUACAAUAGUAACAAACUCUUUUGCCAAGUCAAUCGCAGCUUCAUACGUCCGUGUUCAUCCUCUGACUUGGUACGGCUGGAUGUCAAUGAGAUUAGACUUCAUUGGCUGUCCUAUUGCUCCCCUCUGCAAUCGUCCAUUGGGAUUGGAAUCUGGAAGAAUCCCCAAUGCAAAAAUAACCUCGUCAUCAGCGUAUAAUGCACGAUACACAGCACCCAAUGGACGUUUAAACAAACCAUUCUGUUGGAUUGCAAGACACAAAAAUCAUAAUCAGUGGUUCAAGGUGGACUUUGGUAGAGUUACCACCGUGAGAAAGAUUGCCACCCAAGGAAGAAGAGAUGCGAACCAGUGGGUGACACGAUAUAAGCUGACUUACAGCUUAGACACACUGCACUGGGCCACAUACCGACAGAGGAGUCAGGACAAGUACUUCACAGCAAAUCGUGACCGUAUCAGCAUUGUUGAAAACGUUCUUUCACCUCCAAUACAAACUCGCUACCUCCGUCUGCACCCUUGGGGAUGGCAUGGUUACAUCUCAAUGAGAGCUGAGUUUUAUGGCUGUCGCUCAGAUCCAUGCAGUGUGCCACUGGGAAUGGAAGAUAAUCGUAUCACCAAACAGGCUGUGACAGCAUCCUCCAUGUAUAACUUUUACUAUGGUCCGUGGAAUGCCAGGCUUCAAUCAAGAAAUCAUGGAUAUGUGCGUGGAGGCUGGAUCGCAAAAUACAACAAUAGGAAACAGUGGCUCAAUAUAGACUUGGGUACCAUCAGUCGACUAAAAGGAAUCGCUACCCAGGGGAGAUAUGACGCUGACCAGUGGGUAACAAGCUAUGCUGUGUCCUACAGUAUGAACAAUAUCAGAUUUAUUCCGUACAAGGAAGGACGAGGAGUAAAGAUUUUUAUAGGCAACAUUGAAAGGAACUUCGUGGUUACACACCGUUUCCUUCGUCCGUUCAAAGCUCGCUAUGUGCGCGUUCAUCCAAAAACGUGGCGCAGCCAUAUUUCCAUGAGGGUUGAACUCUACGGCUGCAGACUGGGCAAACUGUGCAAUCGUCCGCUUGGAAUGCAGAAUGGCCGCAUCAGAAAUGUAGCCAUCACUUCAUCUUCUCGCUGGGAUAACUUCCACGCUCCUCAUUUAGCGCGGUUACAAAACAAACGCAGGGGACGAUACAUGGGCGGUUGGUCUGCCAAGAUUAAUAACGCUUACCAGUGGUUACAAAUAGACUUAAAGCGUCCCACUAAAGUUGUCCGUAUAUCGACUCAAGGCCGACCCACAGUCAAUCAGUGGGUGACAUCGUAUUACUUACUCUACAGUCAGGAUGGCGUUUAUUUUGCGUAUUAUUUUCAACGCAACACAAUGAAGAUCUUCCAAGCAAACAGGGAUAGGAACACAGUAGUUUCACAUCCUCUCAUUCCACCAAUCCGUGGCCGUUUUGUCAGACUUCGCAUCAGAUCAUGGUACAGACACAUCUCGACCAGAGUUGAGCUGUAUGGCUGUGCCAUAGGAAGGUGUAAGGUUCCUAUUGGCCUCGAAGAUCGCCGCAUUCCAAGCGGUGCUUUGUCUGCUUCCUCAAGUUACAACUCCAAACAUGGCCCCGAUCGAGGUCGACUCAACAUGGUCGCAGGGCGUGGACGGACGGGUGCUUGGUGUGCCCAGAGGAACAACGCUAAACAAUGGUUCCAGGUUGACUUUGGUGUCAUGGGUCGCCUCAUGGGCGUGGCCACCCAAGGAAGACAAGAUGCUCACCAGUGGGUGAUGUCAUACGUUGUAUCAUACAGCAGAAAUGGCAGAACAUUCUUUUCCUAUAAGCAGUAUGGAAGAACAAGGGUUUUCCGUGGUAACUUUGACCGUCACACAGUGGUUGCUUACAGAUUCGUUCCUCCCUUCAAAGCCCAGUUUGUUCGAAUCCAUCCCAGGUCUUGGCGCGGUCACGUCUCCAUGAGGGCUGAAUUCUAUGGCUGUUUAGCUGCUCGACCGUGCGCCAUUCCAGUUGGCAUUCAGAGCGGUAAGAUCAAAAACACUGCCAUGACCGCCUCUUCUUCUUAUAACGUCUACCACGGUCCAUUCCUCGCUCGACUCCAUCGCUCGCGUACCGGUCGCUUCAUGGGGGCCUGGGUCGCCCGAAUUAGAAACGCCAAUCAAUGGUUGCAGAUCGCUCUCGGUCGACCAAUGAAACUCACAGGAAUUGCAACACAAGGAAGAGCAGAUGCUAACCAAUGGGUGACGCGUUAUUUGGUGGCGUUCAGUCAGGAUAACAUGCAUUUUGAAUAUUACAUGGAGUAUGGAAACUUUAAGUACUUCACUGGUAACAACGAUCGUUACUCCGUGAGGAAUAAUGCAUUCUCUCCACCAAUCAAAGCUGUGUAUUUCCGUGUUAUACCCAAAGGCUGGUAUAGCUAUAUAGCUAUGAGGAUGGAGCUCUAUGGAUGCCCAGAAAAUCGUUGUAACAUGCCUCUUGGUGUUGCGGACCGUCGAAUAGCAAAUCCUCUGAUCACUGCGUCAUCUUACCACAGUUUUUACUGUGGACCGUGGAAUGCUCGUCUGCAUCAGAGACGAGUGGGAAGGAUGGGAGGGUCAUGGUGUGCUCGUAAAAAUGAUCUCAGACAAUGGCUACAGGUUGAUUUUGAGGCAGUUACCAAGGUAACAGGUAUUGCCACUCAAGGCCGAUAUGACGCUGAACAGUGGGUCAAAACUUACAGAAUAUCUUACAGCCGUGACGGUUCCUCCUACAGAUAUUACACAGAAAGAAGAGUUGUGAAGUUGUUCCGAGGCAAUUAUGACCGUUACAUUGUGGUAACACACACCUUAAACCGACCGAUCACUGCUCGGUAUAUCCGAGUUCACCCCAGAGCGUAUCGUGGAUGGAUGUCCAUGAGAGUGGAGUUCUAUGGUUGCAUCAUCGGUCCACAAUGCAAUCGGCCAAUAGGAAUGGAGAACCGCCGCAUACGAAACCAGCAGAUCAGCGCCUCUUCAGAGUGGGACGCAAACCACGGUGCACGUCUGGCCAGACUCAAUCAGAAGCGUACAGGACGAACUAUGGGGGCGUGGUCAGCACGUGUUAAUAACGCUUACCAGUUUCUACAGAUUGAUUUACGAGUACCAAUGAAGGUAACAAGUGUCGCGACUCAAGGAAGAAGUGAUGCCAAUCAAUGGGUGACAAAAUACAUGCUGUCGUUCAGUCUUGAUGGAGCACAUUUUGCAGUUUAUUGGUCGCAAGGAAGACCCUGGUACUUUAGUGGAAACCGCGAUAGAAACACCAUUAAGCAGCACAGACUGUUCCCAGUCGCUCGCGCCAGGUUCGUACGAUUCCUCCCCAAAGGAUGGUACAGACACAUCUCCAUGAGAGUUGAAGUCAAUGGUUGCCCUGCUGGACGUUGUGCUCUUCCCCUUGGUUUGGAAGACAAACGAAUACAGGACGGUGCCCUUAGUGCUUCAACGUAUUACAAUCACCACUUGGCUCCUUGGCUGGGACGACUCAAUUCUAUCCGUUCAUGGAGUACACGUGUGAAUAACGCUCGUCAGUAUCUGCAGAUAAACCUUGGAAAUAUUGGACGCGUUACAGGAAUCGCCACACAGGGCAGAAGGGACGCGCAUCAAUGGGUGACUCGUUAUAUGCUGUCGUAUGGAGAUGGAACCAAGUUUGUAGCCUAUAGGGAAAGAAAUAAAGUCAGGAUGUUUCGUGGAAACUCAGACAGAAAUUCAGUUGUAUCCUACACAUUACUCAGACCAUUCAAAGCGCAGUAUGCCCGUUUUCAUCCCAAAUCCUGGAGAAGUCACAUAUCAAUGAGAGCUGAAGUCUACGGAUGUCUUAAAGAAUUAACAAGAUUCUGUAGCUUCCCACUCGGUGUACAAAGCGGCCGCAUCAAGAAUAGUCAGAUGACUUCAUCGUCUGUAUGGAACCGUUACCACGCACCAUUCCUUGGAAGACUCAAACGCGUGCGUACUGGUCGUUACAUGGGAGGAUGGGCAGCUAGACACAAUAACCAUAACCAAUGGAUACAGGUUGAUCUUGGCCGUCUUUUUAAGGUUACAAUGAUAUCGACACAAGGAAGGAAAAUUGUGAAGCAGUGGGUGACGCGAUAUACAGUCUCGUACAGUUUGGAUGCCGUUCACUAUGUAUCUUACAAACAGCGAGAUCGACUGAAGUACUUUGUAGGAAACUACGAUGGAGAAUCGAUUGUUACACGCACACUGACUCCACCAAUAGUAGCACGUUAUGUCCGUGUUCACCCUCGUGGUUGGUACAGGCAUAUCUCCAUGAGACUUGAGCUGCAUGGUUGUACUCCAGAGCGUUGUGAUAUUCCAUUGGGCUCCGAAGACGGUCGCCUGCCUGAUGUGUCUUUCACUGCAUCCUCUAUCUACAAUGCUCAUUAUGCCGCCUACCAAGGCCGACUGAAUGCCAUGCGCAGCGGCUCAAGAUACGGCUCAUGGAUAGCACGUUACAACAACAGGCGUCAGUGGUUCCAGAUUGACCUUGGAAACCGAGCGAUUGUCAUUAAGAUAGGAAUCCAAGGAAGAUAUGACGCCAAUCAGUGGGUGAAGAGCUUUACAGUUUCCUAUGGAAUGAAUGGAUUUCACUUCAGGUUCUACAAGGAAGGAGGGCGAACAAGGGUCUUCCAAGGAAACUCCGAGAGGCAAAUUGUCGUUAUAAACCGUUUCCGGUCGCCGAUCCGUGCUCGUUUUAUAAGAAUGUAUCCACAGACUUGGCAUGGCCAUAUUUCAAUGAGACUUGAGCUUUACGGCUGCAGUAGAGGUCACAUGUGCAAUCGACCGCUUGGGAUGAUGACGGGGGCAAUUAAAAAUUCGGCCAUCACAGCAUCAUCCAUGUGGGAUAAACAUCAUGCACCAUUUUUGGCCAGGCUUAAUGCACGACGCAUGGGCAGAUAUCAGAGUGCCUGGUCAGCCAGGCAUAACAAUCGUCACCAGUUUCUACAGAUAGACCUGGGAAAGAUAUCAAAGAUAAUACGUGUGGGUACGCAAGGACGAGCUGCAGUGAAUCAAUGGGUGACAGUUUACUAUCUGUCGUCCGGUGUAGACGGCGUACACUUUGCUAGAUACAGAAAGAACUCCGUGGAUAAGUAUUUCCGUGGCAACCGUGACAGAAAUACAAUAGUUUAUAACUCAAUUAUUCCGUCUAUCCGAGCUCGCUUCCUUCGAAUCCAUCCCUGGUCGUGGCAUGGCCAUAUCUCCAUGCGGGUCGAGCUGUUUGGCUGUGCUUUAGGUGCAUGUGGUGCUCCACUCGGUUUUGAGGAUGGCCGCAUUCCAAAGUAUGCCAUGACAGCCUCGUCAAUGUGGGAUUGGCGGCAUGGUCCUUAUAGAGCUCGUUUGAAUCUUCUGAACCGCGGAGGCACCGGAGCCUGGUCGACGCGUUAUAACAAUGUAUUCCAGUGGAUACAGAUUGACCUAGGUGAGGUGUCAAAGGUUGUUGCUGUGGCAACGCAAGGCCGAUACGAUGCCAAUCAAUGGGUGAAGAAAUACGAGAUAAGCUACGGCUUGUAUGGCAACAAGUUUAAGUUCUACACAAUCAACAGAAAAGUCGUGAUGUUCGCCGGUAACAGUGACAGGAACACUGUAGUCUUUAACAGGCUCUACCCCAGUUUCCGUGCUCGGUAUGUCCGAUUCUAUCCCAAACAGUGGCACAGUCAUAUCUCCAUGAGAGCAGAGCUUUAUGGUUGCAAUAGAGCCAUGUUCCGCAUGUGCUUCCAGCCACUUGGAAUGCAAAAUGGUAAGAUACCAAACAGCGCCAUCAGAGCCUCGUCUCAAUGGGACAAGAACCACAAUCCUGCUCGGGCGCGACUCAACAUAAAGAAAGUGGGACGUCUGGUGGGUGCAUGGUGUACAAGACAUAACAAUCAUCGGCAGUUUUUACAAAUCAAUCUUGGAGGACCAACCAGGAUAACUAAGGUCGCCACACAGGGUCGGUAUGAUGCGAACCAGUUUGUCAGGAGCUACUAUCUGUACUACAGUCAAAACGGAAGGACGUUCCUGCCCAUUAAAGAUGGAGCAAAGAUUAAGCUAUUCCGAGGCAACUUUGACCGGUUCUCCAUAGUGGAGCAGCCCAUUAACCCACCAAAGAACGGAAGAUAUGUGCGGUUUAACCCCAGAUCAUGGCACGGUCAUAUAUCUAUGAGGGUUGAAGUGUAUGGCUGUCGUGCAGAUUAUCCGGAGAUUUCCCAUCCAGUCGUCCGUGCUGUCACCAAACAUGGCCGCAGCUGUGCAAAGAUUGCACUUCGCUGCUACUUCAACACCAGGGGACGAAGAAACAGUCGAAUAAUAGCCCGUGUACACUGGAUUGUGAACAAGAAAGUUACCAAGGCAGAAACUGUUCGAGGAAACUAUGCUGAACUCUUAGAAAACACAUAUGGAUUUAAAGCUGGAACAACGGUUGCUUGUAAGGUAAAGGCGCGGUAUUCCAGUGGAAAGGACUGGACAAUGGCUCAAUUAAGUAAAGCUUUUUUCACAGGCAUUAAGGUUAAUCCUAAAGCGCUCACAAUGACGGACAGCUCAGGCUGGAAAUUAAUCAGACUUCGUAGCUUGGUACCAAUCAGAUGUCGUGGUCGUCGAAGUUGUUCUGUGAUCAUCAAAUUUCAGUCUCAUACAAGAUUUGUGACGGACAGAUGUAAAAUGACUCUGACAGAAAGAAACAGGAAAAAUUAUGGGUUUUAUCUUAAACCUGUGAGAGAUUUCAGAAAACUGAAGAGAAGUAACGUCCGUGCUUACUUCAGUCCCAUUAGGUCCACUCCUGGACUCUGUGGAUUCUGGAAGGGUUACACUCUUCCACCGAUCAAGGUCAUAACAUCCAACAGAGGUGUCAAGAAAUGUCACGGAACUGGAGAUCCUCAUUAUCGAACAUUUGACAACAAGUAUUACGACAUACUGAGGAACGCUGGCACUUACGUUAUGGUGAAGAGUUUGAGAAGAAACUUUGAGGUGCAUGCUCGUCUAUGGCCUUGCUGGAGAGUGGUAUGUAACUGUGGUGUAGCCAUCCGUGAGAAUAAUGAUGUGGUGAAUAUUGACAUGUGUCACGGACCAUGGAAAAGAACCAGCCCACGUGUCAUCCAGAAAUCACGCGCGCCUCUUGGCAACCGAAUGAGAAUCCGACGAUAUGGAUCUGGUCAGAGCACGCGCUUUAAGGUGAUGAUGAAGUCAGGUGCAAUAGUCGAGGCUAACUGUGCUAACUGGGGUAUGAGUUUGUACGUCACAGUCCCUGGUGUAGACUCUGGAUCCACUGUGGGACUCUGUGGAAACAACAAUGGUAACCCGCACGAUGACUUGGAGAGAAAGGGUAUCUAUACAUUCGCAAAUAAAUACAGACUGCGUCCAGGUACCAGUCUCUUUGAGCGACUGCCUCCUCGCAUCUCAUCUCUAAGUCGACGCGUCAAGCCAUCUUGCGCAUGCGUUAAGAAAGGCAACCGCCGCUUCAACACAUGUGACGUGAAGCCACUACCAGACACGGACAAGGGCGGGAAAUCUGUGAAACCUAUCAAAGUUCGGCCUCAUCCGAAGAAACCCGGACGAACCGAUAAUAGAGAUUACGACCCGAACUCUAUCAACUAUGUCUUUAAACCUCCCAAAGUGAAGUAUCGUGUUCCUACCUGGCCAACGAAGUCGGGAAUCACUCGGAAGAAGGCGAUAAGGCAUUGUAAGAGAGAAAUCUCGCGUAUAGUGCGCGUAUGCAAGAAGGUUGUGAGUGCCAAGAAGUUGAAAGUCAUGACAGAGUGCGUGACCGAUAUCAAGAUAUCAGGUAAACUCUCCAUGGCCAAGUCAGCAUUAUCCAGUCUGCAAGACGCUUGCAAAACUGCAGCUCUGGUGAAUCCCAAAAACUACAAGAAGAAAAAGAAUGGCAAAGUUGUCCCUAACAUAAAUAUCCUCGGCAAGCUUUGCCCUGACAACUGCAACAAGAGAGGUAGAUGUGUGAACGGAAAAUGCCGCUGUUAUCGUGGUUAUGCUUCAAGUGAUUGUUCAGUCGACAAGAGAAAGCCGCCUAAGAUUGAUGGACUUCAGUCAAAGGGCAUGUGCGACUUGAGGAAACGGGCGUGUCGCUUUGCAAGCGUAUAUGGGCUUGGCUUCUGGGAAGGUCACUUAAACUGUCACGUGCAAAAGGCCAGGCUGAUACGUCGCAGAUGGCAUGGAAUUGGAGCACAGAAGAAGAACCGUGGUCACUUGCAGAGUUUCAGGGAAGCAAGAUGUAAACUUCCCUUCAGCUUUCCUAAAGCAAGAAAACUCCGUGGCUUACCUCUGAGGAUACUGAUUUCAAUUUCAAACAAUGGCGUCUUGACCAGCAACCGGUUGAAAUUGGUUAUUUUCGACUCAGCUUGUCACAGAUGUUUGCCAAAUGGACUCUGCUGGCGAAAGAGAACAAAUUGCAUUAUCGGAGGAUUGUGUUACGCUGCAAAUGAGCGUCAUCCUACAAACAAAGGACUGAAAUGUCUCCCACAGAUCACCAGGAGUGCAUGGACACGAGUGUCACAACAGUAUAAACCCUUAGGAAUGAAAAAUGGUCGUAUUCCAUCCAGUGCCAUCAGCGCAUCCUCCAAAUGGGAUCGUUACCAUGGACCCAACCGUGGUAGGCUUCAAAUCACCCGUCGUGGUCGCUAUAUUGGAGCGUGGUCAGCAAAACAUAACAAUCCUUACCAAUGGAUUCGGGUGGACUUCAGGAAACCUGUUAAGAUAUUGGCUGUCGCUACUCAGGGUCGGCAAGAUCUCAGCCAAUGGGUGACGCGAUACUACCUGACCUACAGUUUUGAUGGAAUUAACUUUGUACCUUACUUGUGUCGGAAGAUAUUCCGUGCAAACAGAGACAGAAACACGAUUGUAAGACGGCGGCUCUCUCCCGCAAUCCGUGCGCGUUUUAUCCGAAUUCAUCCAGUCAGUUGGAGAGGACACAUUUCUCUAAGGGCCGAAUUCUAUGGACACAGAACCUCUGCAUCAAGACUUCCUCUCGGUGUGGCUGAUAAGAGAAUACGCGACAGUGCCAUGAGCGCCUCAAGUUUCUGGGACCGUUAUCACGCCGCUCUGCGUGGAAGACUUCAUAUAUGCAGAGAGGGACACUUCCGUGGAGCUUGGUCAGCAAAGAAAAACAUCAGAGGACAGUGGCUACAGGUUGACCUUGGUAAACGUGCAAUGGUUGUGGCCAUUGCGGUCCAGGGUCGCCAAGAUUACGACCAGUGGGUAACAAGUUACUCAGUGAAAUAUGGCAACGAUGGAGUAAGAUUUACCAACUAUGGCUCUGGACGAAGAGGGAUCUUCCGCGGUAACAGAGACAGAAACACCGUGGUGAGAAAUGCUCUUGUCCCUGCAAUCAGAGCUCGGUAUGUCCGUAUUUAUCCACUGUCCUGGCACGGACACAUAUCAAUGAGGAUGGAGUUGUACGGAAAAUAUCUGAGACCACUUCCAGUCGCUAAACCUCUUGGAAUCUCCAACAACCGCCUCAACAACCGUUACAUAACAGCAUCUAGCAUCUGGGACAAGUACCACGCCGCCUGGCUGGCACGGCUCUACAACAAGAAGCGUGGUCGCUACAUCGGCGGAUGGUCUUCCAAGGUCAACAGAAGAGGACAGUGGAUACAGUUUGACUUGAGGCGGCCGAAGAAGAUUGUGAAGGUCGCCACACAGGGAAGACAAGAUCUCAAUCAGUAUGUGACGCGUUAUAUUAUCAAAUACAGCGCGGAUGCCUUCCAUUGGACGCCUUACAGGAAGUACAGUCGAGUGCAGGUGUUUAUUGGAAACAAGGACCGCAAUUCAGUCAAAUCGAACGUUUUUGAUCCGCCAAUAAGAGCGAGAUAUGUUCGUAUUUAUCCACUUGCUUGGGUAGGACAUAUGUCUUUGAGAGCGGAGUUCUACGGACUCUCUCUGCCUCGUACCGGUCUGGAGAUAGGCUCAGAAGAUGGCAAGAUACCAAACAGAGCAUUCACGGCCUCCAGUCAGUGGGACACUUACCACCGAGCUAAUCGGGCCAGACUCAACUCUGUGGCUACCAAACGCUACCGAGGGGCGUGGUCUGCAAAGAAGAAUAACAGACGUCAGUGGUUACAGAUAAAACUGGGCCGAAAAACUAAAAUAACUGGUGUGGUUACUCAAGGUAGACAGGAUGCCAAUCAGUGGGUGACUACUUACAGCCUCUCGAGCAGCUUGGAUGGGCGCCGUUUCCGUCCAUACCGAGAAAAUGGCCGAGUUAAGAUUUUCCCAGGAAACGGAGAUCGUAACAGUCAGGUGUCUCAUAGGCUCCGCAGCCCUCUAUACACAAAAUUCAUCCGAUUUCAUCCUAUUACCUGGUAUGGCCAUAUUUCCAUGAGGAUUGGGCUCUACGGACAGAGGAGUGUCAGAAGACCAGCUCCUAAGCCCCUAGGACUUCAAAACGGUCGAAUCCGCAAUAGUGCAAUCUCAGCUUCGUCUCGGUGGAAUAGGUACCAUGCCGCCUGGUUAGCCAGGCUUAAACGGCCGAAGCGAGGGCGAUAUGCAGGGGCCUGGUGCGCUAAGGUAAACAACCAUCAGCAGUGGUUGCAGGUGGACUUCAGAGUCCCAAAGAAGGUCGUUGCCGUGGCAACCCAAGGCAGACAUGACUACAACCAAUGGGUGACGCUGUACUAUUUGCGGUUCAGUGUAGACGGUACUUAUUUUGCUACAUACCGCAAGAAUGGAAAGAAAAAGUAUUUCAGAGGAAACCGAGACAGAAACACGAUAGUAAUGCACUCAUUGAGGCCAGCGAUAGUGGCGCGUAAAGUUCGCAUUCAUCCAGUUAGAUGGGUUAAUCACAUCUCAAUGAGGGUUGAAUUCUAUGGACGAACUGCAGUGCCUACUCGGUUGGCUCUUGGAGUCGAGGACCGUCGAAUCCCGGAUGGAAGUCUCAGUGCUUCAUCGAGCUGGGAUAGGAACCAUGGCCCUAAACGGGCACGCCUUAACAUACCUCAACAGGGACGAUUGAGAGGGGCGUGGUCUUCGCGUGCUAAUAAUCCCGCUCAGUGGCUAUGUGUUGACAUAACAAAACUAGCACGCGUGGCUGGGUUUGCUGUGCAAGGUCGACAGGACUACAGCCAAUGGGUGACGAGUCUAAGGAUAUCAUACAGCAGGAAUGGAAUUAAUUUCCGAUUUUACUCAGAAAGAAGGACUCCAAAGAUUUUCCCUGGUGCCAAGGACAGAAACACCGUUGUGAAGAACUUUUUCAGGCGUUCAAUCGUUGCACGUUUUGUUAGAUUCCACCCAGUACGUUGGCAUGGUCACAUCUCUAUGAGAGUCGAACUCUACGGAUAUCUCCUUGCUCGCGUGGCUCCCGUCAGACCCAGCGGUAUUCCAAGUGGAAAGCGCGGAGCGCGCUACAUCACCGCUUCUAGUUCUUGGGACAAAUACCACGGGCCAUGGAGGGCCAGGUUACAUCAGCGUGUCACAGGACGAUACAGAGGAGGUUGGUCGGCCAGAAAGAACAACCGCCGUCAGUUCAUCCAGUAUGAUUUGAGGAGACCAAGUGACGUCAUCAAAGUGUUGACUCAAGGAAGAUAUGAUUACAAACAGUGGGUGACAAGCUUCUUUAUUUCAUACAGUCAAGAUAAAUAUCGGUGGAUACGGUACAAGAAAUAUGGAAGGAUUUUCCCAGGAAACAAAGACCAAAAUACGAUCAAGGAGAACGUAUUUGUUCCGUCGUUCAGGGCGCGAUACGUGCGUAUCCACCCUUGGACAUGGGUAGGACAUGUCUCUAUGAGAGCUGAGUUCUAUGUCAGGAAAAUCUCUCGUAACUCGGUGCCAGUUGGUGUCGAAGAUGGUAAGAUUCCCAAUGGGUACAUCACAUCUUCCUCUACAUUCAACCGUUACCACGCCCCAUGGUUGGGUCGACUUAAUAACAAAGCGCGAGGGCGAAAUAAGGGAGCGUGGUCAGCAAAGAAGAAUGACAAACGACAAUGGCUGCAGUUUAAUCUGGGUAAACCAACUUUGAUUACGGCGAUCAGGACACAGGGACGUCAGGAUUAUAACCAAUGGGUCACAAGUUAUAAGGUUUACUUUGGAAACGACGGAGUUCGGUUUAUACCUUAUAAGAAAGGAGGGCGCGUCAAGAUAUUCCGUGGCAACAGCGACAGGAACAGUAUUGUAACACAUCCGUUGCGUCCACCAAUCCGCGCACGUUACAUUAGAAUUGUUGUAGUCUCGUGGUACGGGCAUAUCUCAAUGAGAGUUGGCUUCUAUGGUCGCCGACCUGGAAUCAUAAGGCCUCGUCUGCAAGCUCUUGGAAUGCAAAGCGGUCGUAUCAGAAAUAACGCUGUGAGUGCCUCGUCAAUAUGGGACAGGUAUCAUGCUGCCUGGAGAGCGAGGCUUUAUAUCAAGAGACAAGGAAGCUUCCGAGGGGCGUGGUCCUCACGUGUUAAUGACCGCUACCAGUGGUUACAGGUGUCGUUCAGGUACCCCAAGAAAAUCGUGGCUAUUGCGACUCAGGGCAGACAGGACUGGAACCAAUGGGUGAUCAGUUAUCGACUGACAUACAGCAUGGACAAGAUCCACUACGUGUACUACAAACAACUUGGUGUCACUAAGCUGUUCCGGGCCAACAGAGACAGAAACUCAGUUGUUCGCCAUUAUCUUCAACCCGCCAUACGAGCGACAUCUCUUCGUGUUAGACCAGCCAGGUGGCGCGGACAUAUCUCCAUGAGAAUAGAGUUGUAUGGUCGCAAUGCUGUCAAAAAUAGGCUUCCCCUUGGAGUUGAAGACCGCCGUAUCCCAGAUAGCGCCCUGAGUUCAUCUUCACGAUGGGAUGGGUACCACGGGCCGCACCAGUGCCGCCUGAAUACUCAGAGGAGGGGCAGAUACAGAGGUGCCUGGUCAGCGCGUGCUAACAACCGUCAUCAGUGGCUGCAGAUCGAUGUUGGCUGCCAAGCGGUGGUGUACGGAAUAGCGACCCAGGGAAGGCAAGAUCUGGGACAGUGGGUGAAGACCUACAGAGUCAUGUCUAGUCGGGAUGGCGUUCGCUGGCGAUGGUACCGAGUGCGGAGAAGAGCUGUGUUAUUGACUGGUAACCGCGAUAGGAAUACUAUUGUAAGGCACAGAUUUGCGCGGCCUCGUAGAGCGCGCUACGUCCGUGUGGUACCAUACACGUGGCAUAGGCACAUCUCCAUGAGAGUCGAGCUCUACGGACGUCGCCUUGCUCGUAAACCGGUCGUGAAGGCCUUAGGAGUCUCCAAGGGACGGCUGGGAAAUCAAUACGUUAAGGCGUCGAGUGAGUGGGAUCGUUAUCACGCCGCGUAUCUCGCGCGACUGAACCUGAAACCAAGAGGACGAUUCAAGGGAGGAUGGUCCGCCAAGAAGAAUAACAGGAAACAAUGGAUCCAGUUUGAUUUUAAACGGCCUGUUUUUAUUUCCAAGAUUGCCACGCAAGGCAGAAGUGAUGCAAAUCAGUACGUAACCAGCUUCGCUGUGGCUUACAGCCCUGAUGGAUAUCGAUGGACGCCGUUCAAGAUCAAUGGAAGACUUAAGGUUUUCCGAGGGAACCGCGAUCAUUACUCUAUCAAAGAAAACAGUUUUGACCCGCCCUUCCGAUCCAGGUUCAUCCGUGUGUACGCGCGUACCUGGGUUAACCACAUCUCCAUGAGAAUCGAAUUCUAUGGUGGAAAAGCUUCGAGAAGAGAUCUGCCUUUGGGUAUUGAGGACCAUAAGAUCCAAGAUCGUUACAUAACGGCGUCCACCGAGUGGAACAGAUAUCACGGUGCACGCUUUGGACGAUUGAACACUGUGGCACACGGCAAGAACAAGGGGGCGUGGUCUGCAAAGAGGAACAACAGACGCCAGUGGAUAAUGGUGGACCUCAAAAAGCUCACUAUUGUCAAGCGAAUCCUAACACAGGGUCGACAAGAUUUGAACCAAUGGGUGACAAGUUAUAUAGUUACCUACAGCCGAAAUGGAAACACCUUCCGACCUUACACGAGGCGUAGACGAAUAAAGGUCUUCCCGGCCAACAAUGACCGGAACAGCAUAGUGGCGCAUGUUCUAACGCCUCAUAUCUACGCACGAUAUGUGAAAAUCAAACCUCGCACAUGGUUCAGGCAUAUUUCCAUGAGAUUUGAGCUUUACGGAGAGAGAAGACCUGAGAAAAGACGACCAGUUGUGAAACCCACCAAACGACCCAGACUCCCGCCCAGGCCUCCCAUCAGACCACCCAUCCGUCCGCCAAUCAAACCACUAGCCCCUACCAAGACCUGCCCGGUCACGUUGGAUCUUGCCUUUGUGGUGGACGCGUCGAAUGAAGUUUCCCGUGCUAACUUCCAGCUGGAGAAGGCGUUUGUCAAGGCUGUGUCCAGCAAAUUCACCAUCACUAAGCACCAGUCUCACAUCGGUCUCAUCACAUACGCCAACCUGCCUUCACUGAGAAUGAGGUUCAGACAGUUCAACUCCUUAUUUGCCGUCCGACGUGCAGUUGAUCAAGCGCCACACAUUAACCGAGGAGGGAAACGUUUAGAUCUGGCGUUACAAGCCGCGUAUGACACUUUUUAUGCUCACGAACCAACUUAUAUCCAGCGUGUUUUGGUUGUAAUCACAGGCGGUCCACCGAGUCGCCGUCACGCAUACGCAGUCAAGCGCAUGGCCUCGAGGUUCGUACGAAAGGGCGUCCAGGUUUACGCGAUCGGCAUUGGCCGUGCGUACCGAGGCGAACUGAGGAGUAUCGCAUACAAGCGCAAGCACGUGUACUACAUGAAAACCUUUGGAUCACUUCUGGCCAGGGCCAAUCAGAUUGCGAGUACCAUCUGCAAUGAACAGUCCAAAGAAGUGGACAUCCAUAAACGAGCUGAACUUCUCAAGCCUCUGAUUCAAAAAGAAGAGAAUGAAACCAAGGAGACUCAAUCAUAAUAUUUAAAGUUAAAAAUAACUUAUCGUUUAAUCCUAAAUGAAACAGAUACUCUUAGAUUUUCCUGAGAAAUAUACAAACUUACAUCACACUAAGACUGAUUAAAAUAUUGAACCACGUUGUAGUGUCGUUAACUCAAAGCAAAA